ACGACAUUUCAGCGAUCCACCUGACAAGCACUCUCUCUCUCUCUCUCUCUCUCGUUUCCUUGAAAUAUCGAAGCUGUGGAAGAUGCAGACACAGAUCACCUAGUUAGUAUUUUUGUGGUCUGUAGUUGUACACACGUGCAAUCCCCUGUGUUUGGCAUCUUCCAAGGUGGUGUAGCUCGAAAUCUUGGCCAUUUCUUAUCAGGGUAUUCUCUGGUUUACUUCGCUGUAAACGAGGAAUACAUGGGAUCAGAGUGAUCGGUGUCAUGUAGUAUUCUUUUGUGUGGGAAUGAACCUGGCCUUUCUGAUAAAGUUUUGAUCUCCAUUUAAAGCUAUUCAAUAAGGAAGUCAAUAAUGAGUAUUGACGUCGGGACGAGGCUCCGGUCCAUGAAAGCAGCUUCCAUGAAGCAUGAAAAUGAGAAGCAGGAUAUGCAGGGGAGCAAGAUAAAUGAUGCUGCAAAAGCAACGAGGAGUCAAGGGGCCUCCACAAAGGAGAGAAAAAUUGCAUUGCAGCAAGAUGUUGAUAAGCUCAAGAAAAAGCUUAGACAAGAAGAGAACAUUCACAGAGCUUUGGAAAGGGCUUUCAGCAGGCCUUUGGGAGCUCUACCUCGUCUUCCCCCUUAUCUCCCUGCUUAUACAUUGGAGCUUCUAGCCGAGGUGGCUGUUUUGGAAGAGGAAGUGGUUCGGCUUGAACAAGAAGUUCUGCAUUUUAGACAGGAUCUGUAUCAGGAAGCUGUCUACACAUCAUCCUCUAAAAGGAGUGGAGAGAAUUCAACCGAUUCAUAUGCCCAAUACCCGAUUCAGAAUUACAAACCAGAGCGACACAAAUUUUCAGCUCUAAAUGGGGCUGAUUCCUCGGUGUGCACAAGUAGGCAUAGACCCACUCUUUCUGAAGAUAGUAGGGGAAAAGAGUACAAAUGGUGUAAAAACUCGACAAAGAACCAAAAUGGGUCUCAAAUCCAUGAAUCCCAAACAAUAAAAACUCCAGUUAAAAGACCUGUAAUAAGCCAGAGAUCAGCAGAGAAGCGUUUGGAUCCUCAAAAUUUACAGUGUUCAAAUUUCCAGGUGGAAUGCAGAUUGAAAGAUCAAGCAAGUCUAGAAUCAAGAAUCCCCCCGGAUGAAAAGCUGUCAGGAGAUAAUUGCCCAAACAGAAUUUCUGAAAAUAUUCUGAAGUGUUUAUUGAGCAUUAUCUUGAGAAUGGGUUCGAAGAAGAAUCAUAGUAGUGCAGAAAAAUUUCCGUACUUACUGACCUUAGGAACUCGAGAAAGCAGUGAAGAAACAAAUUAUAGGGACCCUUAUAAUAUCUGUUCAGAAUAUGGAAAGAGAGAUAUUGGUCCAUAUCAUAAACUAUAUCACAUUGAAGCUAGCUCAAUCAAUCCAAAUCGAUCAGCAAGUUCUUUGUUUCUACUUCGUAGAUUGAGGCUCCUCCUGGGGAAACUUGCCUCUGUCAACAUAGAGAGCCUCACCCAUCAGGAGAAGCUAGCGUUCUGGAUAAAUAUUUACAAUUCCUGCGUGAUGAAUGCAUUCUUAGAACAAAGCAUACCGGAGAGUCCUGAGGGGGUUGUUGCUUUAAUGCAGAAGGCAACAAUAAAUGUUGGGGGACACUUGAUAAAUGCAGUAACAAUAGAGCAUUUCAUCCUGAGAUUGCCUUUCCACUCCAAAUAUCUUCACCAGACAUUUUUAGAGGGUACAAAAAACGCUGGGAAGACAUGGAGAAGCAUAGUUGGAUUGGAGUUUUCUGAGCCAUUGGUGACAUUUGCUCUAUCCUGUGGAAGCUGGUCCUCCCCUGCUGUGAGAGUGUACACAGCAUCUCAGGUGGAGAACGAACUGGAAGUGGCUAAAAGAGAGUACUUACAGGCUGCAGUUGGAAUUUCAACAACGAAAUUUGCAAUCCCAAAGCUGUUAGAUUGGUAUUUACUUGACUUUGCAAAGGACUUGGACUCAUUCCUUGAUUGGAUCUGCCUUCAAUUACCAUGUGAACUUGCAAAAGAAGCAAUUAAGUGCCUUGAGAGGGGCAAAAAGGAACCUUAUUUACAGUUUGUCCAAGUUAUGCCCUAUGAUUUCAGUUUUAGGUACCUUUUAUACUCGGAAUAAUGUAUCCUUUGUUACUUGGGAUCUGAGGGCCUUUGGGUUACAAUUUUGUUGUAUACAUAUAGCUAUAGGGUGCAUGAGAAAGCUGGUUGUAUUACUGUAUAUGGUCUCUCUGCUUGUAAGUAUUUGUGUGAGGUCAAUGUUCUCUUCACUGAGGGAGUUCUGCAUGUAGCUAUGCUUUGUGAAGAGUUGGUUCCGAAUAAAAUGGUAAUUUCAUGACUCAAGAUUUCCGACAA